UGCCGAAGCGGGAGCGGAUUUUACGAGCGUCGGCGCGGUCGGGGAUCAACGCGGCUCGGCGCUGUGGAGUCUGAAGCAGGCGGCUCAUUGUUGUCCUGAGGCGCGACAGAAACAUUUUACAUCCGAACCAGACCAGUAAUUUCUACUUGUAAAGCAAGAGCAAACAUGAGCACGAUUAACGUGAAGAAGCUGAAGGUGAACGAGCUGAAGGAUGAGCUGAAGAAGCGGCAGCUCUCGGAUAAGGGCCUGAAGGCCGAGCUCAUGGACCGGCUGCAGGCCGCGCUCGACGCCGAGGCCCGGGCCGGAGACGCCGCGCUCGAGGCGGAAGAUGAAGAGGAGGAAAAUGGCGCCGAGGGGCAUGGCGCUGAGCUCGAGCAAGAGUUCAUGGGCGAAGAGCUGGAGGAGGACGAAGAGCCCGCGGGAGAGAACAUGGAGGCCGAGGAGGAAAAUGGAGGCGGCGGCGGCGGCGCGCCGGAGAGCGAGCAGGGCAACUGCGAGGAGGACAUUGGGCAGGACGACGAAAUGGCCGACGAGGAGGAGGAGCAGGAGCAGGAGGAGGAAGAUGGAGACGCCGGGAUUGAGAUAGACAAAGCGUUCGAGGAGGACGAAGAGGAAGAAGAGGAGGAGGAGGAGGAAGACGACGCCGCCGAUAAAAUCGAGGAAGAAGACGGUGAGCGCGAGUCGCAGGCGGCUGAGGGAGAUGCGGACAAAGACAUCAGUGCUGAUCAGAAGAAUAAGAAGGGUGUUAAGAGACGCCGAGAGGAACAUGGAAGGGGCUACUUUGAAUUUAUUGAAGAAAGCAAAUACAGCCGGGCCAAAUCUCCCCUGCCACCUCUGGAGGAAGAGGACGAGGAGUUUGAUGAUACUCUGGUGUGUCUGGACCCAUACAACUGUGACCUGCACUUCAAAGUGUCACGAGACCGCUACAGCGCCACUUCACUCACGAUGGAGAGCUUUGCCUACCUUUGGGCCGGUGGCCGAGCUUCCUACGGCGUGAGCAAAGGAAAAGUCUGCAUCGAAAUGAAGAUUAUUGAGAAGAUCCCUGUGAAGCAUGUGAAGAGUAAGAACAUGGAUGUCCAUGAUGUGCAGAUUGGCUGGUCCCUGGCGAAUGGCAGUUUGCUGCUCGGAGAGGAGGAGUGUUCUUAUUCUUUCGCAGUCAAGGGGAAGAAGACAGCAAAUUGCGUGACUGAAGACUACGGCGAGGCUUUUGAUGAAAACGAUGUUGUUGGCUGCUUAAUUAAUUUUGAUGGGGAUGAAGUUGAAAUUUCCUAUUCCAAGAACGGGAAGGAUCUCGGUGUGGCGUUCAAAGUCGGUAAGGAGACUCUGGCUGGACGUGCGCUCUUCCCACAUGUCCUCUGCCACAACUGCGCUGUGGAAUUCAACUUCGGGCAGAAGGAGACGCCGUAUUUUCCUCAGCCAGAGGGCUUCACCUUCCUUCAGCAGAUCCCCGUGGAUGAACGCGUGCGUGGACCCAAGGGGCCCGAUACCAAGAAAGACUGUGAGGUCAUUGUCAUGGUUGGCCUCCCUGGAUCCGGAAAGACCUCAUGGGUGAUGAAGCAUGUCGAGGAGAACCCUGGAAAAUACACAAUCCUGGGAACCAACACCAUUGUGGAAAAGAUGAUGAUUAACAGUUUGAAGCGACAGAACAAAGACACAGCAAAACUCACUGCCAUCUCCCAGAGUGCACCGCUCUUCCUUGGCAAGUUCAUCGAGAUUGCUGCCCGCAAGAAGAGGAACUACAUUUUGGAUCAGACCAACGUUUCUGCUGCUGCCCAGAGGAGGAAGAUGUGCCUCUUCGCUGGCUUCCAGCGCAAAGCUGUUGUGGUCUUGCCCACAGAUGAGGCCUACAAGGAACGGACUCAAAAGAAAGCUGAAACUGAUGGCAAAGAUGUUCCUGAGCAUGCUGUGCUCAAGAUGAAGGGUAUAUACACAUUGCCAGAAGUUGGCGACUGCUUCUCGGAGGUCACCUAUGUGGAGCUGCAGAAGGAGGAGGCUACCAAGCUCUUGGAGCAAUACAAAGAGGAGAGCAAGAGUGCCUUGCCUCCAGAGAAGAAGCCUAACCAAGGCACACCCAAGAAAGGCGGUGCUCGCAGCCGAGGGGGCAAAGGCCAGUUCAACAGGGGAGGUGGCCCGGGUCCACGAGGGGGCAGAGGAGCUUUCCAGAACCGUGGCAACUUCAGAGGAAUGCCUGGUCCCCGUGGGGGCUUUGGUCGGCCGCCCCGAGGCGCUCUGCCACCUCCUGCCUUCAGAGGCGGCUUCCCAAGCCGUGGCAGCUUUGGCCGAGGCGCUGGAGGACCCCCCAACAGAAACAUGGUGCCUAGAGGAGCUCCUGCCAGAGGUGGCAUGGGCAGCAUCGCAAACAGAGGUGCAGCCAUGAACCGUGGAAAGCCAAUGCACAGAGGCAACAUGAACCGUGGAGGUGGACAUGGUGGUGGACCCAGCAGGGGCAAUUUCAACCAGAAAUUCCGUGGCCGUGGAGGAAACCAGCAGAACCGUGGUGGAUUUGGCAACAGGAACGGAAACUUUGGCAUGAAUAAAGCCCAAGCCUUCAAUCAGAGCUGGCAGCAGGGGUUCUGGAACCAGAAGCCGUGGAGUCAGCAGUACCACCCAGGAUAUUACUAAACGGGCUUUUGUAUUAAAGACUGGUGGCAUGUGGAGAACUCCCUCUUGUGGCCACAGAGCCCCAACGAUCUACUUUUACUGUCUUUUAAAAAAAUAAAACGUGUUUUAAGAUAAUUUACACGUGGACAUGCAUUCCACAUCACAACAUCAGGUCCCCCAUAGAUGUGAGGGGUUCCCUUUUCCAUACCUGUUUGUAGAAAGAAAAAAAAUUCCCCCUCUCUUCUUAUUUUAGACCUCAUGUUUUGAUAUCAUUAUCAAGAACCACAUUGUUCUGUUUGUUCUGCAUGGGAUGCUUUUGAAUUUCAGAGUUGUGGAUUUUAUUGUCAUUUUUACUAAGUGUAAAUUAUUAUUUUGCAAGUACGUUUUUGUGUAAGGAUCAUGGCAUUUGAGAAUCAGAUCUUGCAGAUCUGAUGGUCACAUUUUAGAGGCUAUUAAAGGAAGUUGUAGUGAUUUAGCAGCAAAAAGCCUAUUCAUUGAUCAGAAAACCAUUCUAUUUUACCCCUAACUCGUUGCUUUUCCUGUCAUUUUGUGUUUCAGUCCAAUAUGUACUAGUUAAACUCCAUAGGUUUACAAUAAAUGGGUUAUUUGCUUUUGUACAA